UCAUUCCAUGGAAUCCCACCAGCCCCUUCUAUAGAAACCCACCUUCGUCUUCCCCAAUCUCCUUGGCUCUUCAACCACCAGAAGACUACCGUUUUCAUCUGCCAAAAGGAAAAAACACAGGUACCGUUUUUGGAUUUUCAUAUCUGGGAAAGGGAGAAAUUUAUGUCAAUUUUUUUUCUUUCUUUUUUGGGUUGAAAAUCCCUUCUUUUAGCUAACUGGAGAAGAAAAAAUCCAAGUUGAGAAAAAAAAGGAAGAAACAAAAAAGAAUCCGGCGAUUCUAGCAACCACCGGCCAUUGCUCAUUUCCUUUCCUCCUUCAUCUCUAUUAUUUUGUUUCGUUGUUGUUUUAACUGAUAAAAGAGCAGAACUGAAAGAAGUAACCAGACAUUUAAUAUUUCGGGGGCUACCAUUAAAAUCGGCGACAUUUAUCACCAUUUCUGGUCUUCCAUCAUUGUGGUAUCGGAGAUUCGUUCGUGUUCUGUCUAUUACUGGUUUCGUGCUUGGUGUGUAAAUGUUAAAACUUUGAUAACAUAUUACUGUUGCUUGUCGCCUCUUUGGACCUGGCCGGAGUUCUGACUUUUCCGGCGAUCUCCAUUAAUUCCAGCAAUAAAAUUUAUUGUCGUUCUUUUUCUGCUUUCGUUACUCGUCGCGGAUCAGGUGGUUAUGGGUGGCCUUUAGAAAAAAAAGUCAAUUUUGAUUUAAACAAAAAAAAAAACAUGAUCUCAAACCCAUUAAAUUCACGCGCGUAAGAGGGGGUGAAAUACAAUUCUCUUGCCAUGUCAGUUUUUGUGUUUAAUAGGUAUACAUUGAUUUAGGUUGAAGUUAGGUAAUGAGCUUAGUUAAGGUGUCAAAAUGGAAACCGAAGCCAAGAAAAUGGAAAUGGGCCUAUUGUUUUAGUUCUUGCAAGAAAGAAGAGUUUAAGUACUCAAAGAAUUGAAUAUGAGUUUAAAUUACUAGUUGGGUUGACUAGCUUUAGUGUUAGGCGCCAUCACGACCUAUAGAUGAAAUUGAGUCAUGACAGUAUGCCCCUCGGAUAUGGUUAUUAUGAUGAGAAAUGCGAGGAUAUUUAGAAGAUUGUGUGGUCAACGAUGCAGAGAAUUGUCCAGCUGCAACACAACGCCCCAGCUCAACUCUUACGCCUUCUUUUCCAUGAUUGUUUCAUUCGGGGUUGUGAUGCAUCUGUUCUUCUAGCUGACAGUAAUGAGAAUGGGACUCAUGUUGAACGUGAGGCCAUCCCGAACAGGACAUUGAAAGGCUUCGAUAUCAUUGACAUGAUAAAGGAUGAGAUUGAGGAGAAAUGCCCUGGGAUUGUCUCUUGUUCUGAUAUCCUUGUCCUUGCAACGAGAGAUGGCAUCGCUCUGUUCAAGGUGCAACUGGAGAGUCGACUCUGGCAAGUGAAAUGGAUGUAACUCAUGCACUAGCAUGCGUGCCAUCUUUCUUGAACAAGUUAAACGAUCUUGUAAUGCAUAUUCAGAUAUUCAAUACAUAGCGAAACAUUUUACA